UAUGUUUAUUGCUUGUCUUUGGUAAUGGUGGUGUGGGGUGUAAAUCGAGUAAGUGGCUUUUCUCACCGUAGAGGAGGGGCUGGGGUAAAGAAAACUUUCAGGGCGAGUUGACUUUCAGGGUCCGACUAAGAAUGUAUUCUAGAGAAAUGCAGUUUCUAGAAGAAAUGCCCAGGUCUUGGCUCUGGGAAUCAUUUUUCCUUGGAUCUGGAGCUUUUCCUUGUAUUCUAUCUUCAUUUUGUUAAGUUUUCUGCACAUGCCUGGAAAUGAUCUUCACAUGUUGAAGGUCGAAUCUAUAAAAAUAGAUUCAGUGGCAAAUUCUAGAAAACAUUUCUAGUUAUUUCUAGAUAUUUCUAAUACAGCUUAUUGUGAAUUGAUCCUUGAAUGCUGGACAAAAAGGUAGGGAUUCUCUGUUUUAUACUCAUCUUUUUUUCCCCCCUGGAUAACAUGACUUGGGCUUGUUUUCUUUAUAUGACAGUACAAUUCUAUAGUACAGUUCUACUUGAAUUAAAAUACCAAAAGAAAACACUUCUGUGUAUAAAUUGGCAAUUUAUAUUUAUUUGCUAAAUGUUGAAGCCUAUCAAAUUAUAAAUAACGCUGGGAAAUAUAUAUUGUAAAUUACAUUGUGUCUAGGCUUACAUAUCACAGUACAUUUCCAAAGAGAAAUUUUUAAUAUACAAACUUAAAUAAACUGAAAAGGAAUAAAGUAUGAGUUACUAAUGGAAGAGACAAAACAUGGUGCUUAAGAAGAUAUGGUUUAGCUUAGGCCCUGCACUUUAGGAUAUAAUCAUUAGAUUGUGCAGUGAUUCAGAUUCAAAGGGAUUAUUUACAGCAGGGGUGUCAAACUCGCAGCGUCACAUGACAUAUUGGGACUCUUUCCCACUUCGCUAAACCAGGCGGGGGUGGAGCUAGCACAUGACGCCAUCCGGCCGCCGCGAGUUUGACACCCCUGUUUUAGAGUAUGUCAGCCUCCUUAAGUCAAAUACAACUUUCAUGGGAUAAAUCCCAGGGACCCUAGGAAAAGGUACAGCUUCUUUAAAAGGUGUUGGGUGCAACAUGAACACCCCCACACAUUUUCAAAUCAAAUUCUCCUUCAAAUGUAUAUUGCUGCACAGCCCUAAUCUCUCCAUCUGGAAAAAUAGCAGUCUGGUCAAAAGUGCUCAGUCUUAGAUUUCUACUUUCAUGGAGGAAGAUACAUUGUGUUUAUUAAGACUCCCAUGUAAGCAUUAUUUAGAGACAGUUGGGUGUAGUAGUUAAGGCAACUGGAUAGAAACCAAGAGACCAUGAGUUUUAGUCCUGCCCAAGGCAUGAAACCAUCUGGUUGAAGCCAGUCACUUUCUCUCAGCCCUAGGAAGGAGAUUAUGGCAAAGCAAUUCUGAAAAUCUUUGCCAAGAAUAUUGCAGGGACUUGUGGCAGUCCUAAGAAUCUGAUGUGUUUGAUUGGAAGAAAAAAAAAGGUUUAUUUGCUUCACAAUAAAUAAUGUGUUAACAAUAAUUAACUUCAAAAAUAAAUUUGAUAAAACUGAUUACCUACAAGAAUUUUAGUAUUGUCCUAUCAAUGCAAAUUUUCUAGUGAAAUGAUUAUAUAAAUAUAUUUCUAGUCCUAAAGGCAUGAGUAGAAUGAAUUAAUUCCAUGUAUAAAUUAUGUGGCAGAAAUAAAGCAUGUUAAUGAUGCAGAGAAAUCAGUUGAAUAGAAUGUAAAUUCAUAUACAUAUAUUCAUCAGAAUCUGAGGAUUAAAGUAGUAUACAAUAGAGUAUGUCAGAAGUACUAGUACUUACCAAGAUUUAAUGGGUAUUAAUGAUUUUAAGUGCAUAUGUAUGAAGCAUAUCCUAAUUCCUGGAACAUUAAACUAUAAAGUUGUCAUCCCAAUGAAAAGUAAUGUACUUUUUUUAUAAUAAAAAAAGCACAUCAAGGGUUUGAGAAAAAAUGUAAAUAUAUUAAUAAAUUCAACUUUAUCAAGGGAAUCAUAAUUCUUUAAUUUCAAUUCAAAAAAUUUACUUUGAGAUAAAAAUAUAAUACAACUAAAAUGUUUUAUUCUUCAUACUUCAGUCAGAAAAAAAUAUUCUUUCAAUAAUUUUCUUCUAAACAUUGCUACUUUCUUAUUUAUAAUUUAAUCCUUUAUCACGUCAUCCUAUUUUAUAAUUAUGCUUUCCAAUAAUAGGAAAUACUGAACAACAGAUUAUUGUAUUUAUACUUUAGCAAAUAUGCAGUUGAAUGUAUUGGAUUACACUAAUACCUUAUUUUGGUAUUGUUCUUAUGUCUAAAUUUGCAGGAUAUCUUGCAUUAACUGAUUUAUGGAUUUGGGGAAAAUUCGUAUUAACAAUGGUAGCUAAAUCAUAGUUUAUUCAGUUAAGCCAGUGUUCUGGUUUUGAAUGAGACAUUAAGUUAUAAGCUGAUUCCCUUCCCCCUAAGCUGGGUUCAUAUAACAUACAUUAUUAGACUAACUAAUUAGAAUGUUUUGUCUUGAAGAACCAGUUUGGUAUAGUGGUUUAAGAUACCAAGCUAAAAAGGAGUCCAAGUCCUGCCUUAUGCACAAAGUCAGCUGGGUAUCCUUGGGCCAAUCACUCUUUCUCAGACCUAGGAAGCAUACAAUAGAAAACCGCUUCCCAAAAAAUCUUCCCAAGUAAACUGCAGAUAGCUAGAAUCAAGAUUGACUAAAAGGCAAAAGAAAAAAAAAUUAUCAGGAAGAGUUUAUUUUCACCAAAUAGUAUUGUAUUCAAAGAACUUCACAUUUAUCAGAAAUAGAAAAAUGUUUUCAAGUAAGAGAAAACAAGAUAUGCAAAAAAUAUAUACUACAUCUCAAAUUCAUAUUUUUUAAAAUUGAGUAACCUCUCUGAAAUAGGUUCUUGGUGGAGAAUAUGGUUUAAAAGACUGAGUCAUUACUUUAUAAUCAGCCACAUUUUAAGAAAAUACUCAGCAAGUUUUAAUACAUUAAGAUUGAUAUGCUGUGCACAAUGAUGCAUAAACUCCAGCAAUGAAAAUUGCUUCUAAACAAAGCAGCAACUACACCCAUACUCUAGAAUAAACUAUAUUAAAGUGACGAUUUAGCAUAACAUCAUGCUACAAAUAUUUUUAGGAUUAAAUCUGAAGUAUAUAUUCAAAUUCCUCCUGGAAAAACGGAUCAUCUCCCUGCACAUCCAUCACGUCUGUUUUAGAGGUUUUAUGUAUUUUAUUUAAAGUUUUAAAAGUAACACAUGACCUUUUAUAGAUAAGCUUUUAACAGAUAGGCUUUUAAAGAUAAGACUUUUAACAAUUUCAGAAAGCUUGCAAGCUUCUAAAAUCAAAUUUCUGAUUUCUGCUCACCUUUCAGUUUGUCCACUGCACAAUCCACAUGCGUACCAAUACACUUGGUGCAUCAUAUAACUGACAGAAAUGGUACUUCUCACUCAUAUGUUAUCAUUCUGGCUAUACAGUCUGGCAGGAAAAAUAAAUCGAUAGCUGUAUCCCAGCCACAGAUUAUAGGCAAAAAUCAAAACAUCAUUGCCACCGUAGGUUCUGUCUACGAUGUCUUACAGCUAUUAUUGUAGUCCAAGGUGGUCACAUUCGCCCAUGAGUCGUGCUUGUGAAACGAAUAGUGCUUGUGAAGUGCUUUAAUUUAGGCUGCUCAGGGUACUUAUGUUGUAUUAAAUCAGGUUUUUUUUAAAAAAAAUUGGCAACUUUAAAACAUAUGGACUUCAACCCCCAGAAUUCCCCAGCCAGCAUGCUAACCUAGUUAGAGAGAUGGUUCAUUUUCAGAAAAAGGAGUGGGGGAGUAUAAGCAAUCCUGCAAGACACAGCGCAAAUAAUGGAGCGAAGUCCCACUAGUCUAGGGGAAGGAGGGGGGGGGACUCUCCUCCCAGCCUGUCUUAGGUAGAGGCCGGCGAGAGGUCCGUCAGAUAUGCUUUACUUUGUAUUGAGCAGGAGGUGGCACAGAAUGGCCCCUUCCAACUGUGAUUCCGAGAUCCUUAAAAUUGGGGAAGCAGAACUGAACUCCAUUUAGAAAAUGGAUUUUAAAACGUUCCGUUUUCCCAGGAAAAGGGAAGCGACUCUUAAUGGGAAUAGAAGCUAAAGCCCGCCGCUCAUUGCACCACCCGCCCCCAGCGGUCGCGUGGGGAGAAAGCCUAAAAAGCGACAACCCCCAGAAGCAGGAACAACUAAAAUGGCGCCUCCGCUUUCUUGUUUAUAAUGGCUCGGGUGUUUGUUGAGCCAAUUUGCCUCUGUGUCCAAUGAGAAGCGAGUUUGGGGAGGGGGGGUGAGAAUGUGAACAUUUUUCUCCCCUGUCAAAACAUAAGAAGGCAAACGAGAGAGCAUGGCCAAUCCGGGCCCUUGGAAUGGUUGAUGCAGAGUUGUAAUUGGCUCGCUGAAAGGGUAUAAGAGAGUCGGUGUGUUUUGUCCAAUGAGAGGCCUCUCUUUGAACGUGGAGGGGGUGGGGAGUGUUGCUCGGGUAAAGUAGGUGCAGGUGAGAAGCCAGUGGGGGUGGGGGAGGUGGAAGGAAAUGACAGUUUUGCCUGUGGGAAGGCUGGAGUAUACACGUGAUCCACUCCGGGAGGUGGAGACGGGGAUUCGCCGCCGGGGAAGCUUUUCAGGACUGAGUAGCCCGUUGUACGUCUCAGCCAGAUCCCACACAAUGGAAGAGCGUUCCAAUCUUGUGAAUAUGAUGAAAUUGAGCAUUAAAAUCUUAAUCCAGUCAGCUUUGAGUUUGGGGAGGACUCUUGAUUCUGACUUCCCUCCUCUGCAGCAGUUCUUUAUUGUUUUAGAACAUUGUCUCAAGCAUGGACUUAAAGCUAAGAAGAGUUUUAUUGGGCAGAACAAAUCAUUUUUGGGGCCUUUAGAAUUAGUGGAGAAACUUUGUCCAGAGGCAUCAGAUUUAGCAACAAGUGUCAGAAAUCUGCCAGAAUUAAAGACUCCAAUCGGAAGAGGCAGAGCUUGGCUUUAUCUUGCCGUGAUGCAAAAGAAACUGGCAGACUACUUGAAAGUACUCUUGGACCACAAGUGUCUCUUGAGUGAAUAUUACGAGCCUGAUGCCUUGAUGAUGGAAGAAGAAGGAGCUGUGAUUGUGGGCCUUUUAGUGGGACUAAAUGUCAUUGAUGCAAAUCUCUGUUUAAAAGGCGAAGACUUGGAUUCCCAGGUAGCAGUGAUUGAUUUUUCUCUGUACCUUAAGGAUACACAGUGCAUUGAUAAUGACAAAGGAGAUGAAGGAAUUACUGCUGUGCUUGACCAGAAACAUUAUGUAGAAGAACUUAAUCGACAUUUAAGUUGCACUGUUGGAGAUCUUCAGAGCAAGAUAGAGUGCUUAGAGAAAACGAAUUCCAAGCUCCAGGAAGAGCUAUCAGCAGCAACAGAUCGAAUCAAAGCUCUUCAGGGAGAACAACAGGACCUGAAACAGGAAAAUGAAUUAAUUCGUGAACGCAGUGAAAAGUAUGCUGAGGUAACUAAACUGGACACCAAAGUGGAACUGGAAACUUAUAAACAAUCACGACAAGGCCUAGAUGAAAUGUACAGUGAUGUCUGGAAGCAAUUAAAAGAGGAGAAAAGAAUUCGAAUGGAGUUGGAAAAAGAAUUGGAGCUUCAGAUUGCAAUGAAAACAGAGAUGGAAAUUGCCAUGAAACUUCUAGAGAAAGAUACACAUGAAAAACAAGAUACCUUGGUUGCUCUUCGCCAGCAGUUGGAGGAAGUUAAGGCUAUCAAUUUGCAGAUGUUCAAUAAAUCUCAGAGUGCAGAGAGUUCUUUACAACAGAAAAAAGAAGCAAUAUCAUCCUUUGAAGGCAAAACAGAUCAAAUGAUGUCUUCUGUGAAACAAUUGGAGGACAGACUGCAGCAUGCAGACAAGGCCAAGAAGCUUGCAGAAGAGAAAAAUGUCAAAUUGAAACAAGAAUUGGGGAGCAAAAUUGAGGCUCUGAAGCAGCAACUACUCCAACUGGAUAACAACUGUUCAGUUAUUGAAAGAGAGUUAAAAUCUGAGAAAGAACAGCGACAGAAUCUGCAGCGAGAGUUACACCAUGAGAAAGACACGACAGCUUUGCUGAAAGCUGAACUGCAGCAAGUAGAAGGUUUGAAAAAAGAAUUGCGAAAACUGCAGGAAGAGAAGCAACAGCUAGAAAAGAUAUGUGAAGAACAAGAACAAGCCCUUCAAGAAAUGGGGCUUCAUCUAAGCCAAUCAAAACUUAAGAUGGAAGAUAUUAAAGAAGUAAAUAAAGCAUUAAAGGGCCAUGCAUGGCUAAAAGAUGAUGAAGCAACCAACUGUAAGCAGUGUGAGAAAGAGUUCUCCAUUUCAAGAAGAAAGCACCAUUGUCGAAACUGUGGCCACAUCUUUUGUAACACCUGUUCAGGCAACGAACUUGCACUUCCAUCAUAUCCAAAGCCCGUACGAGUUUGUGAUACCUGCCAUACGUUACUGCUUCAGAGGUGUUCAUCAAAUUCUUCCUAAAAUCUAUAUUCCAGAAUGUUAAGACCAGGGAAUGAACCUAACAUGAAAUAGUUUUUUAAUAUUCUAAAUUCCAUUAACAUAUAUGGCACUGUAUAUUGUAUUCAAACAGGAAAAGAUUUAAUUUAUAAAAAUGGGAUACCAAAAUCAUGGAAACUAUUUUUUAUAGAUUAAGUGCCAGCAAAAUGUCAUAUUCAAAAAUACACUAUUUCAGAUGCACACACUUGUUAUUUUUAAGCUCAAAAAUCUAUUGUUUGAAUGUUAACUUUAUACUUCAGGUUUAUAGAUUUGCUCUAAAACAAAUUGAUUUUCUGAACACUUCAUGGAUCUAUCUUCUGUAACAGUUGACUAAAAUUUCUGUUGAUCUGUAUAUAGUAAAAAAAUGAAAAUGUUAUCUUAAAUCUAUGGAAGCAUUUUUAAAGAAUGUAUGCUUGGAUGUGCCUUCUAAAUCUUUCAAAAGUGAACAGAAUAACAUACUGUAAGUUAUCUGUGAUUACGCAAUAAAGUUGAUCCAUACUUGUUA